CGCGAGUCCCGCCUUGCGUGUAAGUCGAGCCAGACGACGACCACCCACAGCAUCAUCCCCAUCUAUGAGAUCGCUCUAUUGCAGACCGAUGCCCCUUGGAUUUGAUACUCGGUAGUCAAGCGAGAGACAUGCUGCUGGUCAUAUCGAUCUAUCCUCCAUGAUGCUGACCACCGCCUCCCAACUCACUGCCCGCGCCCGGUGCGCGAGAGUCAGUGCUCUAGGGGCCCUUGGCUCUUCGAGUAGUGCCUUGAUCCGGCACCGACAACAACUGGUCCGCGGUUUCCGUUUCGGGCGUAUCUGGUCAUCGCAUCUCGACUCGGAGUUUCAUCGCGACACCUGCCGCCGCAAUCGCAAGCUCCGCUAUAAGUACGCUGAGACUCUGAACCGGCGGCUUUUGGGCGACAAGCAUCCUCUUGCAGAGGAUGCAAAGGCUGCCUUCAAACGGAUGGUCCAUGACUGCUGGCAUCCCCUGAAAGACCCCCGGCCCGGGCGCAGAUAUGUGAACCAGGAUGCGCCUCGGAAGACCCCGGACAAUCCUACAGGCGCACGCCCUGGACGGAACAUUGAGGAUGUUGAGCGGGGACCAAUGGCGCAUUUUCUCUUUGGCGACAGUGACCCAUUUGGCUCCCCCUUUCAGAAAGCCUCACCGGCACGAUCAUCGAGUACCCUUUCAGGCAACAACAGCUCCACGUACGCGGCCCAGGAGGAAUACAUAAUCGACCCGAUUACCAACCGGAAGCGGCCGAGAACGCCCUCUGAUCCGCUAUAUCCAACCCCCGGCAAGGAAUUCUUCAAAUCCCACAGGUCACAGUUCACGGCCUACGGCGCGUCCAGGAUUGGUGGAGCACAAGCGCCCAUCUUCUACGACGGCCCUCCGCCGGAAGCAGAGCUGCAGAAGUAUGAUCAACUUCAUCUCGAUCUCGACCCCGAGCCUUGGGAUCCAAUUCAGAUCCAAGUUACAACCGAGCAGGAACCUUUCACCAGUUCAAACCGGCAACCUGUUCUUGAGAGCGAGGAAUAUGUACGAAACCAUGAAGAUGGGUCACUGAGUUGGAAGCACAAGGGCAUAUCCUGGCAUCGGAGUGAUGGCAUCGUCCCCUCUCCCAGCACCGUUCUUCAGGAUAAAGUGGAAACUCGGACCUGGUCACUCAACCCAGAAUAUUUCGGAUACGAAGACCUGGAUAAAUACAAGCCCUUUAUGCAUAAUGAGAAUGCGGCCACCCAGACACGAGCGCCCAAGUAUGACGACUUACACAAGUACAAACCAGUGGUGGUAGACGAGUGCGAAGGAACCCAACAUGAGCCCGCCCAGAUCUAUGAAGAUCUUGACAAGUACGGCGCAUUCAAAUAUCAGGAACCGGACGGCAAGCCCUUGGUUGAAGAGCAGGCACCAAUGCCGGAGUUGGAGAAGUACCAGCCGGUCCGGUACAACGAACCAGACGGAAAACCGGCGAACCACCAAGAGGCGGAAGUUGACCCUGCAGAGCUGAGCAAGUAUCAAGCAUUCAGGUACAACGAGCCCGACGGAAAAUUGCCCAUGACCGCCGAAGAGGGCAGCAGCUAUGACCCCGCCGAGCUGCAGCAAUACGGAGCGGUCAGAUACAACGAGCCUGAUGGAAAGCCGCCAAUGGCUGAGGAGACCAACGAAUAUGAUCCUGCGGAACUCGCGAAGUACCAACCAUUCAUGUACAACGAGCCCGAUGGGAAGCCUCCUGGCUAUGUCGAAGAAGGGAACGAGUAUGAUCCCAAGGAAUUGCAGCAAUACAGGCCGUUCAUGUACAAUGAACCAGACGGCAAGCCCCCACUCGAAGCGAAGCAAGGAUCCGAAGAGGCACCCGCUGGCGAACUCAAAAAAUACCAGGCUGUGCGCCACAACGAGCCUGAUGGAAAACCACCGACGGAGCUCAGGGAGAGCCCUGAUCCGGCUGAGCUGAGAAGAUACGAGGCUGUAAGGUGGAACGAGCCCGACGGCCAACCAGCGACGGAAGAUGAUUUUACUGCCCAGAGCCUCGAGGAGUUUGAGCUCAGCUCGAUCUCAGGCGAGCAGCACUCAAAGCCUGUCAUCGCUCGGACUUACCCGGCAGGAUAUGUCUCAGAACAGGAGAAGGCCGAAGAUUUGGACCUCUUACGAGCAAGUGACGUUAGAGCCGCGGCUGGUAUCGUGCAAUCCUCCAGCGAGACGCCAGAAGAAAAGACGAACCACCGCAACAUGUUGGAAUCAUCGAUGACUCGACAUGCUACAAGCUCAGACGCAAUCGACUCGCAGGCCCUUUCUGCACUGAGGGAAUCGAAGCUGAAGACAGAACCCGAGAGGAAGCUGACUGGCAACUAUGUUCGAGAUUUCCCUGAGGAAUUCGCAAGGUCGUGGGGCGCCGACACAGCAUCAAAUGCUGGCCUCCUCCCAAAAGACAUGACAGAUAUGGCCCCGUGUUUCCCGGUGGCCACCAAGUCGCUCGGGUCUUCGGUGGAGAGGCAAAUCCAAAAAGCAGAGAGGGAACAAGUCGAAGGAGCGUCUUUCGACACCCGCGCAGCACUCCAACCGGCCCUAGACCGACAGCAGGAGCGCAGCCGGCCAUUUUCGAGGCAGGCAGCCUUCCAAAAAGCCCUACUUGACCCGUAUUCGAAGAAGCCACAGGGGUUGGAGACGUCGUAUUCCAAGGAAUGCGCUGGGCAAUCGACUUGGCCCACCUACGUUAGAAAUUACGGCAGCGUCGAGGCCAAGCCGGAGUCGACGACUGGAAUAACCGAGACUGACAGGACCGGAUCCGUCGACACGGCAGCGCCCGAGCCGACGCUGUAUAAGAUUCUCGCCUACGAUCCCACGAUGCAGGCAAUAGACAUUGCCGAGACAACGUCCAUCGUUUCCGACAGUGCGUCCCCUCUGACCCCGGCCGAGGUUCUUCUCCGUCUGUCCAACCCCGCCAAAUUCUUCCCGCACUUCGGUCCCCUGCAGGCCGAGGGUUUCGAGAUUGUGUCCGGUAGCGGUGAUGUCCUCGUGUUCCGCAAAGUCCGACCAGCAACGGCCGAACCGAUGCAGCAGGAGAUGUCGGCGCCGUCCAUCAACCCCAUCGACAUGACAGGUGGCCUGCGCGAGUUCCCCAGCCCCGUUACGAGCAGGUUUGCCAGCCCGACGGGUUUCGUCAACUACGACCUCCCGCCACUCAGGGAGUCGCCCUCGGAGGCAGCUCCGCGCUUCGUCUCGGGCAUUGAUGUCCGGCGUGAGGAGCCCGUGUUCAGCGGCUCGAAGACGGAGCCGGAGGGCAAACCCAAGAGGAAGCUGCCGAAGCGAAUCGUCGUUGGGGCCGCGUGGGUUGCCGGCAUAUCGUAUGCCCUUGGGGUGAUGGGCGAGUAUUUCAAGACUGGCGGAGUUGAUGGGAAGGGGCCGAGGGGCUUAUGAGGGUUUGAGGCUUGACGCCCGCCUUCCUUUUUCCAGCCUCUGGUUUUUUACAACAGCCAGACCACAUUCGUUUUGCAUUGGCUGGAACAAGUGGUAUUUUUUAUUUUUAUUUUUGGAAUUCAUCAUCACAGGGGAUAUUCGAGGCCCAUACCCGGGGGGGAGCAAUGGUUUCUUUUUUGGGAUCUGGACACGAUGGUGUUUACAUAUUUGCAUGGGACCAUUCCCCUCUCCUUCCGUAGGCGUUGACGCAGCAC